AUGGCUGUCGUAGAUGAAGAAGCAAACAUGUCCAAGACCUCAACCAGGUCGGUGGCCCAGGGCAACUCGGAUGCGCCGCCCCAAAACGCCCUCAUGGCGACCAUCUCGCGCACCCGCUCCCGCACAAACACGAUCCUCGAGAAAGUCUCACUCCGCGAGCGCAUCCACCACUUCACCUUUGCAUGGUACACACUAACCAUGUCAACCGGCGGCAUCGCCCUCCUCCUCGCCGAGACGCCCCACCGCUUCACCGGCCUCGACACCAUCGGCCUCGUCGUCUUCCUCCUCGACGUCCUCCUCAUCUUCCUCAUCACCCUCGUCCUCUGCCUCCGCUUCUCCUUCUUCCGCAAGGCCCCCGCAAAGGCAAUCACACACCCCUCCGAGUCCCUCUUCAUCCCCACCUUCUUCCUCUCCCUCGCCGCCGCCCUCUCCAACAUCCAGCACUACGCCGUCCCCAAAUGCGGGCCCUGGCUCCUCACCACCCUCCGCGUCGCCUUCUGGCUCUACCUCGUCGUCACCUUCUUCGCCUCCGUCGGCAUGUACCACCUCCUCUUCACCGGCCGCCGCCGCCUCUCCCUCGACAGCAUGACCCCCGCCUGGAUCCUGCCCAUCUUCCCCGUCAUGCUCACCGGCACCCUCGCCGGCUUCAUGUGCCGCUCCCAGCCCCCGGCCCACGCCGCCGCCAUGCUCGGCGCCGGCCUCGCCGCACAGGGCCUCGGCUUCCUCGUCUCCGCCUUCAUGUACGCCACAUACCUCUCCCGCCUCAUGACCGUCGGCCUCCCCGUCCAGCGGCCGGGUAUGUUCAUCGCCGUCGGGCCGCCGAGCUUCACCGCCGCCGCCCUCGUCUCCAUGGCCGCCGACGUCCCGCGCCUGAUCGCGUCCGAGGGUUCCCUCGUCCCGGCGUCACUGCGCUCCGCCGCCUACCUCACCGAGAUGGAGAACCCAAACACCGUCGCCUUCGCCAUCCGCGCCGUCGCGCUCUUCACCGCCGUCUUCCUUUGGGGGUUGUCGUUUUGGUUCUUCUCGUCGGCUUGCCUGUCGACCGUCUUCGGCAUGCCGGACCACUCGUUCCAUCUGAGUUGGUGGAGUUUCGUGUUUCCCAACGUGGGCUUCACGGUGGCCACCAUCCGCAUCGGCGAGGCGUUCGGGAGUGAGGGGCUGCUGUGGUUGGCGACGGUGUUUACGAUUUUGUUGGUGGCGGUGUGGCUCUUUGUCGGGUUCUGCUGCGCCAGGGCGGUGGUGCGGAGGAAGCUUGUCUGGCCCGGCCGUGAUGAAGACAGCGACUGA